GGUCGGUGCGCUAUUAAAGCCGCGAGUAGACGCGUAGUGCCAACAGACAGAUCUGUCCUGGAGUACCGGAGACCGAACGAGGGUGAGACGAACAACAACAUAUGGAUUGAAGCAAGGACACUUACUUCAUAUCCGGACAACAAACCACUUCACGGUGCGACUGCACGUCUCUCCCAGACCCCGCUGAGAGAUGUGGCUGCUGGAAAAGAUCCGCGGUUCAGUGGAGGGAAACGUUCUCCGGCAGGGAGACUCGGCUGACAAACAGAGCAAAGCCCCCACCUAUAGCAACGUCCUCACCCCUGACAAGAUUCCCGAUUUCUUUAUUCCACCCAAACUGGUGUGCUGCCCCCCAGAGGAGGAGACACCGGAGAUGAAGCCAAAAAACGGCCUCCAUUCUUCCACAUCCGAGCAGACCAUAUGCUGCAAGACGCCGCAAGGCAGUCCUCGCAGCCCGCGCCUCAUUAACAAGCUGGCUGGAGACACCAAGAACUUGCUCAAAGCUGCAAACCGUCACAUCAUCCAGGUUGAGAGCGCGGACGACUUAGUCAUCGGGGAAGUGGGCGACCUCAACACAAACGCCGACCCCCAGUCCCAAACAGCCAUGUCUUUGCCCUACGUGCCCAAAGCGCAAACCUCCUACGGUUUCGCCACGCUCAUGGAAAGUCCUCACACGAGACGUAAAGAGUCGCUCUUCCACAGCGACCCUACAAGUCCGCUCACCUCGCCCAACACCCAACGCAAGUCGCAGGGUAACCACUUAAAUCCAAGCGACUGUAACAUGUCCCAUAACCCCUACCGGUACUUCAGUGGCGGGGAGAGCGACACUUGCUCCUCAGCCGAGUCUUCUCCAUUCAACUCCCCUCUGUUGUCCCGUUCCGCAUCCCUCCUCAAGAUGUUCACCCACGAAACCCAAGCCAAAGUGUCCCGGGCCAAGCGCUCCUUCGCCCGCCACAGUUCUCUCUCCACGGACGAGUGCAGUUCUGUGGAGACCAGCCCGAACAUUCAGAGGCGCUUUCGUUGCCCUCCUUCUCCGGCGUUUCGAGGACGGAAAUACGGAGGGAACAUGGAUCGCUUCACGCAGCACACCGUCAACCUCCACAAGGGAGGAACUCUGCGCAUCUGCACAGACUAUGACAUCGACGCCGCCAGGCUUCACGUCCGCGUCCUGGCGGCCGAGGACCUCUACGAUAAGCAGUACGAUGCGAAGAGCAUCAAUUGUUGCGUGGCUCUGUACUUAAACCCGGGAAAGCUCCAGAAACAGCGGAGCACCAUUAUCAAGAACAGCCGCAACCCUGUCUUCAACGAGGACUUCUACUUUGACUCCCUUCCGGUUGCACAGGUGAAAACCCUUGCUAUCAAGAUGAAGGUAGUCAACAAGGGCACCAGUUUGAAGAGAGAUACCUUACUGGGCGAGAGGGAGGUACCCUUGAAGGAGUUGCUUUCAGGGAUCUAGAGGUUGGACAAACAUAUCCAGACUAGGAAAUAUCCCAGCUUUGAGUCUCUUUGGUUGCAGAACUCUUCAACUAACUGUGUGCAGUUUCCUAACUUGUUUACCAGCAUUGAGAGUGUAUGGAUGUACUGUAUGUGUGAGCUCUUCUGUAAAUACAGCCCAUGUGUGUACAGGCAUGCUUCGAUUCUAUGAGUUCCCAGGGUUUGUGUUUGUGUUGAGACCAGUGUCUACUUGAUUCAAGACCCUGCUGGGUCUCACUGUAUAGAUGAAAACAACUCCCGAUCCAAAAGGCGUAUCUCCACAGCACUGAUGCUUUGAAGUCACUUAAGGCCAGAUGCAAAUGCAUGCUUCAUCAGCCAUUUGAGCCUUAAAAUGACGAGGAUGACAAAUAUAUAUUUUUCCCCCAAACUGACUAUAAUAACAGUGUUUCGCCUUAUGCCUCUCUAAUUCUGCUCUUUAAGGUUUCAGACUGUGACAUUUCUCACUGUAAAAUUGGACUUUCUUCUUUUUGAAUGCUGAAUCUGUGCAGUUUAAAACACCCUUCAGCCUUACUGAGUGACAAGCUGCUCGCUUUGAGUGACACGGAACUUUAGAGAGGGCGUGAUUCGUGAUUGGACAGGAGGUAUGACAUCAUCGCGAUGUCAAGACAAUGUGAUUUCUGUAAAUAGACGGCUCUUUUAAAUCUGCUUCUGUGUAGCUGCACCUGAAAUCACUCCCUAUUCCCUAUAAUGUUGACAAAACAUACCAUGGUAUUACCAUGUGUUUUAGACAUACUUGUGUUAAUGCUAUGGUAUUUGGCAGGGGUACUUGGGCAUGUACUGUGGUAAUACCAUAGAUUUGACAUUUACCAUGGUUAUUUAUAUGAAUAUGGUAAUCAUGCAGUAACAUAAAAUCUAAGUAUUGUAGUAUUAUGAUACCUAAUCAUUGCCUUACCACGGUAAUAUCAUCAUUUUUUGGGCAUGUACUGUGGAAAUACCUUACUUACUUACCAUGAAGUACCAUAUUUACAUACCAGUCUAUACCAUUAUUUUUUGAACAUGUAAUCUUUGAAGUGCCAUGAUACUGUGUAUAUCAAAGUGUAUUGCUUUACCAUGGUACUGUUUUUGUAAGGGAUAUACUAGUAACCAAAAGUUGCACAGUUAAACUGUUAUACCAAGGCUAUGCUAACACACAAUGCUUGCAAAGAAGUUUCUUCAGAACAACAACAUAUGUGUUUACGUUUCAAACAGACAUCAACGGUACCCACUAGUGCCAUUUUAGCUGCAAUCUCAGGUUAGGGAACAUAUUGCAUUUUCGUAUGUGUGCACUUUAAUAGAGUACGUUGUUGAUUUGCAACAGUUUAUGGUGCAUUGUGGGUAUCGUUUCGUAUAAAGUAUAAAAUUGUUCAAUAAGGUUUGGGACAGGAAAUUUCCCCCAGGAAAUAUGGAGUUUUUUCAUAUUCCGUUUAUGUUCGGAAAGUGUUCAGAUGAUUAUUCUUCUAUUAAAUAUGUGCGCAGAGUUUCGGCAUGUUUAUGGUAGAUGUGUGUGUAGAUGUUUUCCAAUGGGAGCAGUUGCAUGGCAAAAUGUUCAAGCCCUCAUGUUUUCAAAUUUUUGUUGUUAUUGAGUCAGAUGGUGAACAUGUAUGAUAUAAGCUCACAUAUUUUCUUCACAUCAUCCCCUGUAUUGGAUCCACAACACUUAUCCAAUUUUGUAUACUGUACUUGAUACAAAUUUUUACCACAUUUUCUCCACUAGUAUUAAAUAAUAAUAGGCUGAAAUGAAAAGGUUUAUAUCUUACAUCUAAAAACCUGAAAUGAAUUAGAUUUUCACCUCACCCUAUGGUUCCACUUAAAUGCUGUUGAUUGAAGGCGAGUCAGAUAAAUUUGGACUUGAAAAUUACCCUUGUAUAAGACACUGUAAUGCGUCAUACACGGCAAGCUCAUUGUUUGACCUAAAGAGUGUCCGGUAAUAUUCCUAAAGAGCUCUUCAAUCAGGUUACUGCACUCUUCGCUUCUCGAGUGGAUUCACACAAUUGCACCACUGUUAGAAGUGAGACAGAUUGUCUCGCAGUUCUGGCUUCAGUUCAA